ACAAAAAUGAAUUUUCAGUUUGCCUCUUCAACGACGACGUUGCUGUAUAUUAUUAAAACCCUCUUCCCCAAAAUGCCCUUAUAGUUCCCGCGCAAAACAAAUAGCAAAUGGAUACAACGAGACGAUCAAAACCCUCUUCCCCAAAUCUGAACCCGCCAUGGCCGCCACCGUCACAGCCAGGGAACAGUCGAAGUGCCGGAGCCCUCCGCCACUGACGGAUGUCGAUAUCGUGCGCCUGGCCCAACAACAACCUCAAACCUGCGCACCCAUCCCUCCAUUUCUCCUCACCCCAACCUCACACCAAACCCUCAUCUCCUUCCUCCACUCUCGCUCCUCCUCUCCCUCUCCCUCUCCCUCUCCCUCUGUCUCCAUCGCCGAAUACACUUCCUCCCUCCUCUCUCUCAUCUCUCUCUCUCCUCACACUCACCCUUCUCUCUCUACCCUCCUCUCCUCUCUCCUCCUCUCCUACAUCGACCUUUUCAAUUCCCACAAAAUCCCCCACGAUCGUAAUUCUCUCAACACCGUCCAACUCUUCGCCGUCCACCUCGAAAAUGUCCCCGACCAAGAUCUGACUUCCGUUGCUGACUCAAUCACUUCGAAUCUAUCACAAAUUGUCGAUCCUGACGAUGCUCAGCUUCUCGAUCUCCUUCCUAAAUGUCUUCAAUUAAUUCGCAAUUCAAGUGAGAUUGAAAGGAGUGGCGAUUACGUGAACUCAGUGAUUGAUCAUGUUUUUGGUUGUGAUUGGUCUAAGGUUUUGCUGGCGAAGAUGGUGUCAAUUGUUAGAGAGUUUUCGUUUCUUGAUAAGGGAAGGCAUAGGGAUUUUUUAGAGAAGGUGUUUGGUGGAAUGAAAAGGGUGGAAUUGCAGGACUUGCCUUCCUUGGUUUAUCAGUUGUUGGUUUUGGCCUCGAAGGGGUUUAACAAGAGGGAAGUGAUUGAAGGGAUCGUGAUGUUUUUUGGGUCGAAAAUGGCGUCAAGGGGGAGUUCGAUAGUUCGGCAGGUUGAAGGGACUGUGUUGCUGCAUGUGAAUUUUGCGGUGAAGCAGGAUCCUUCUCUGGGGCAGGAGGUUAUGGGACUUUUGAAGUCUGAUCUUCGUGCUUUUAACCAUUUUACUGUUGCUGUGAUGCUGUCAGUUGCUAGGGUUCGGAGGUUCAGCGAUACUGCAAUGGGGAUUCUGAAAACCGCUUUAAUUACGGUUAAUCGGGAUUAUAAGUUUGCCAAAGGCUGCAAAUGGCUACCAGAUGAUUUGAGGGAAAAAUGCCUGCAAAGUGUGAAAAUAGUACAGAAGUCUGUCCUAAAAGCUGUUGGUGAAAGCAAUUAUGGAAGGGAGCAUAUGGUUCCUAGCAUUGUACAGCUUGGAUUUGUAUUGCUAGAAUCAGUAGAAGAGAGAAACAAUAAAGAACAUUUCAAGUUUGAUGGUCUGAUGGGUACUGAGGAGCUUGGUAUUCAGAUGCUGAAAACUUUAUUUGAGGUUCAUGAAAUUGCGAGAAAUGAGAUUGUGGAGCAAUGCAAAUUUCGUAUCCUUUCUUCGAAGUCCGAACAUAGCUUUCCAAUCAUAAGGCUGCUUGGUUAUCUGGUUCAGGAUUGUCCUUAUCCAAUGUUGGAAUAUGUUUCACGCCUGAAGGAAUUGUUGGAUUAUUUUACUUUCAUGCAUGGCAAGAUUGCCGCAUUCCUUCUUUCUGCUUUAUUGCCCCUCAUCAAAUUCAGUCAUGAUCUGCGGGAUUACACUAUAUUGGUCUUGCGCAAAGCUAUGUUUAGACAAGAAGAUACAGUUCGUUUUGCUGCAACUACUGCCAUUAUUGAGCUGAUUCUGACGGAAAAGCAAUCUAGAAAAGAUGGCCCAUAUUCUUUUCAAGAAUCAUCAAGCCAAGCCAGUUGCAGCCAGCAAGCCGAGAUCCCCUGUGGCAUGGGGUCUGGUCUUUUCCAAGAGCUGAGUGGUUUGCUGCAGAGAUGUCUUUAUCAGCAGGCAAAAGUCAAGGAGAUCCUGUACCAUGGGCUUGUGAAGCUUGUAUUGGUGGACCCAUCAAGUGCUGGAGCUGUUUUUGAUUUUCUCUUGCCUCAAUUCCUUCGUUUUUACAGAGAGGAUGCAGAUAUUCAACUUGCCAUUAGUUGUUGCAUUAAAUCAGAGAAGGGACGAGUUUCUGUUGUUGAGCCAUUAGAUUGCCUUCUAUCUUGUGUUUCUUGGAUUCUUCUCCUUCAGCCAAGUGGUAAAACUGAUCACCCCACAGACUCUUCAUGGGCAUGUUUUGGCUUCUCUCUUUCACAAGAGAAUGAGGCAGGAAGAAUUUUGUCUAGGGAGUCAUUCUCCAGUGCUUUACUGAAGAUAAGGAAAUUUUUGACAAGUGGAAAUUUGGAAGGCAUACUAGGUCAGACUCAGGAUGCAGGUACUAAACCUCUUGAAGAUGAGAGCUCCAAUUGUUGUGCUUUCAUGUUAAUGGGAAUUGUUGAGGUGGUGUUGAAUACUGUUGCUACUGAGUUGGAGAAAGCAACAGAUGCAAGGAAGUCGGAUCUGGAAAAGGAGCUUGUUGCACUUAUUGAUCUUUAUGUCUCUUUGGAAAAAGAGACUUGUACAUCAAGACAGGGUAAUGGGAUCAGAAAAGGGAGCCAACGAAAUGCUUCUCAUAAUAUCAUGGACAAUGGUAAUUCAGGCAACUCAAAAGUUUCUCAAGACCGAGUGCCUUUUUUGGCUACUUCAUGUAUCUACCAGCUACUGCAAACAGCACACAAACUAUAUACUAGUGAUUGCUCUAGUAAUGUUGCAGCUUCCCAGAACCAUAGCCAGUCCUCAAAUACGAAAAAAUCAACUGGAUAUUCUAAAUUUAUUUCUUUUGUCUUGAAUGCUUCCCUCCGUCAUAUUAAAUCUUUUGCUGUGGGCAAAGAUGAUCCACUGAAUAAUUUGAUAUAUGGAGAUACAAAGGUGUUGGGACCCCCGUUGUUGAAAUUGGUUUGGCUGCUGAAAUCAGGGCCAAAAAUUGAGACACAUCAAAAGAAAAAGGAGGCUAAGGGAAAGAAAGAUGUUGAAGACAGAAAAGAAUAUAUCCAUUUGGCCUUAACCUCCUUGAAGGAAUUGAUAACAAUUAGUUUGCGAAGCGUAGAACAGAAGGGCUUGAUUGAAGAUCUGUUGUCAUUCUCAACACUUGAGAAUGCAUCAAGAAAUGCCGUGGAUGCUAGUUUGGAUGAUGAAUGUGAACUACCCUCCAACGCUGAUGACCAACAUACAAGGAGCAAGGAAUUACUUAUUAAAAGGAUCAUAAAGCCAUUGCUUUCUGAGCUUCUUGAACUUUCAUUUUUCCAUGAGGCUGAGAUUCUCUGUGAUAUAGUAGCGCUGAUUGGGAACAAUUUGCACUGCGAACGGAGAAACUUUCUUGGUGCCUGGGCAGCACGUAUCUGCAAAGGCAGUCAAAUAUCAAAUUCUAAGUUUGCGAAAAAUGUGGUUACAAUUGCUGUCUGUUUAAGUUCACCUCCAAAUGAUUUAGUCGUCGCUCAAGACAUAGCCAAGGAGUUGUUAAAAGUCAUGGGAUCAGAGAGCAGCAGUUCGCUGGAAACGUCUGAGACAUACCCUAUCAUAAACCACUCAACAGUCACUCCAGUGGCUUCUUCUAUACUGCAGUUGAUUGAAUCUGUUUUUAUUGAUAUUGAUUGGGCCAUUAUGAAAUUAAAGUCCUACUCAGUUUCCGAAAAAGGCAUGUCCCUUUCUCAGAGUAGAGAAGUAGCUCCUGGAUUGGCAUUAGAAGAGGUUCUUUACUCUAGGACUGAAGCAGUGGUGAAGGUGUUAUCUUCUUUUGUUUUGAUGCACCUUAAAGAUCCUCAAGCAGAGCAUUUGCUCAGAUUGGCUGUAAGGUUUUACAAGCUUUUAGCUCGAGUGUCAAAGCUUUGGAUUGCUCCUAAAGGUCGCAAGCAACUUAUACCCAGUCUUAAGUUCCAGAACCUUGUUGAAAUUAUAAGCAAGCAACUCACAGCUCCUCUAUAUAAUUUUUUGGGGCUGAUGCAGCGGAAUCAGGAAGAGAAUGCGAGUGGCAAAGGAAUUAUGAACAAGAUCAAAAGGGAGAACAGAUGCAUCCCGGACUUGAUUUUCCAGAUAGAAGACUAUGAAAAAUACCUCAUCCAACUUAGUAAGGCGAGCAAAGUCAAUUUGUUGAGGCACGCCAAGCGUAGCACUUCCAGGGAUUUUAGAAUAUUAGAACCAGAAAAGAAUGUCGAGGAAGAAGAUAAUUCGAACCAUGAAUCCAACAAUAAUAAUUCUACUGCUUCUCAAAAUGAAUCUUGUGAGGAAUCUGAAGAUGGCGAACCAAAUGGAUCCAAGACUGUUUUAUCAUCCGAAUCUGGGUCUGAUGGUGAAGGUGGAGAUGUCCUUCCCAAUGCCAAGAGAGCGAAAAUGAGUACGGUUGUGCAGGACUCGGAUGAUGAAGCAUCCUCAUAACAAAAACUCAAGGGCCUAAUAUGGCAGGCUUAGCUUAGUGGGGCUGAUGGUUGUAUAUAUUUUUUUCAAGUCUAAUUCACACAUUA